UGAGUUAGUAGCAGAGUUUGAAAAUACUCAACCAUGGACAAUGAAUCAGAAGGGGAUCAGACGUUGAGCUACGCAGAUGGCAGACUUAACAAGAUAGCUGCUAAGGGUGUGGGGCACUACUUAGGUCGAAAAGUAACAUUUUCUGCGAUAUUCUUUGCUGAGUUACGAGUUGCUAUGAUUACAAACAGAAGACGAAGAAGUACGUCUGUAGUGGAGCCAACGGUGUCAACAGAAUUAAAUACUGGUGUGAUGUCAUGUGUGAUGACAUCUGAAGGUGACAGGAUAUCAGAUUUGCCGGUGGAAUACAGUCUGGCUAACAAUGAGGAUGUCAUUGCUGAAGAUAUUGAACUGACACAAGAUGUUGGUAAGCGAUUAAUACACACCAAUAAGAUCACUACAUCUAAGGAGGCAAUGUGUAGAUACUGGAAUUAUGUUGAUGUUGACUGGGACCAUCAUGGUCUAUCUUUAGUAGAAGAGGAAACUACAGAACUGAUUACAACAUGUUACUCAACACAUACCACUAACUUUGCUGUUCUAAUGCAAGUCACAGAAAUAGAGAUCUCAUCAACCAAUACCAAAGCUUUGGAAAUCAUCAGCUACAUUGGAUGUGGUAUUUCCAUAGCAACACUGCUCUUCACCAUCAUUCUCUUCCAGUGGUUGGACACGUUGAGAUCAGAACGAACCACAAUUCAUAAAAAUCUCAUCGUUGCUAUUAUCAUGGCACAGAUUGUCUUCCUCGCAGGCAUCAACGCCACACACAACUGGGAUGAAAAUAACCAGUACAAUACCACAAAAUUCUGGCACGCCUUAACUUAUAGUGUUACGGUGAUAGAUUUAUAA